AUGGCUCAUCGUCGAUGCGUCUCUUCAACCUCAUCAGAAUCAGACUUUUCUUCAGCAUCAUCGCUUAGAACUUCCCAAACUCCUCCAGUGGAGAUAUCCGGUUCCAGUACCGAGCCCUUGAAAGGGAUAGAACAUAAGCGUAAGUCGUCAGGCAGCGAUGAUGACAGGAGUUCAAAACGUCUACGAUCGCAAAAACAAGAUAAUGAGGAGGCGAACCACCCAGACCACACCCAGGACCCAGCGGAGAUGCACCUCAGUGGAGUGCAACCAAUCAUCACUGUCAUUCGCGCGACUGAUCUCACUCUUGGCCUCCGACGGAUCCCCGCUGGCUUCCAUGCAGUGAUCAAGGCUGACAGUAUUGAGGAAGACUCUAGGCCGUGCGAGCCACGCUCGGAAGUCUGGGUUAGCGUGUAUGCCUCAUUCGAAUUGGGCCCCAUGCUCUGUCACGGAGAGCUCCUCCGCACGUUCGAGAUCUCGGUAGGAAAAUUACUGGAUCGCAGCGAAAAAUACUAUCCCAUAGUAUUUCAGCCACAGGAGCAGGAAGUCGUAUCCGCUUGUACUUCACUUUUCUUGACAGUGGAGCAGCAACUUUCUAAUCAAAACGAUGCCGUGAUUCUUUGCCCCCUUACUACUCCUGCAUCCCGCGAUAUGGAUGCAUUAGUGCUGGGGACGGAUGCCGGACAUGGUCUUCUCGCACAAUACCGUAGAACCCAGAACAGCAGGGAUCUCGAGGAAUCCAUAAACCAAUUUGAACACGCCUCAGAUAUCUGCCCCGUAGAUCAUCCCUGCCGCCCUGCAGUGCUGUUCAAUCUCGCCACCGCAAAGUUUGUUAGUUGCCAAGUUGAGGGAAGAUAUCUCGACCUCGACGUCCCUAUUUCUCUGUUUCAAGGCGCCCUCGACUUGCGUCCCACCGAUCAUCCGGACCGAACGGUCACGCAGCUGCAUCUUGCCAUUGCUCUGCUCUUGCGCUUCGCGAAACGGGGAUUUCAAACGGAUGCUGAUGCAGCCAAAGAGUUGCUGAGCGAAGUCGUCAAUGUCUGCCACGCCAACAGCCACACUCACAGAGCGGCUGCGAUCGCAAUGGAAACAUGCGCUCUACAUUCUGCCAGAAGGAUUAAUGCAAAUGAUCUCGGGCAGGAGUGGCACGCCCCAUCCGUUCCGUUAUCGCCGAAUCAACUUGCUGAUCAAGUACAGCGGUGUUUGGAGAGAGAUGAACCUAGUGCCUUAGAUGAAGUGAUAUUCCUUCAUUAUGAUGCACUGGGAUACUACAACGCCCAGCAUGCUUGCCGAGGGCAGUUGCUAGAUAAUCUAGUUGUAAUGCUACACACUCGCUUCAAGCGUCGAGGCAAUGACACAGACUUGGAUCAAGCGAUCGCACUUCAGAUGGAAUCGCUGGCUUCGUGCCCGGUCGGUAACACGGAUCGGUCCAUGUCAUUAAUCGACCUCGCAGAUGAACUCUCCUCCCGCUUUGACCACAGAGGCAACGGCGAAGACUUGGAUCAGACUAUCGCACUUUACAGGGAAGCGCUGGCUUUGCGCCCGGUCGGUCGCACAGAUUGGUCCAUGUCAUUAAACAACCUCGCGAAUCGACUUUCCUCCCGCUUUGACCACCGAGGCAACGGCGAAGACUUGGAUCAGGCUAUUGCACUUCACAGGGAAGCGCUGGCUUUGCGCCCGGUCGGUCACAAAGAUCGCGAAGACUUGGAUGAGGCACGAGAGAACCUACUCUGUGCAUUGACGUUGUUGACGCAGCAUGAUCCUCGUCAAUUGACAGUCCAUGAAUCUAUAGCCAAGGUCUAUCUAUUAUUUCAUCGUUCAGAGCUUGACGGUACCGGCGCUGGCUCAAAUACAGAUAGUCUGAAUGCUGCCAUGCAUCAUUUUAAGGCAGCAACAAAUAUCGUCUCUGCAGGCUUGCUAUCCCGCCUGCAGGCAAGUCUACUUUGGGUACGCCAUGCUGGUCAACAUUCACAUGGUACUCAAAUGGAGGCUUAUGCGUCUGCUAUGCAACUUCUGGAUGCUCACAUGUCUGCGACGGCCUCCGUAUCAUCUCGUCAUAAUGCCAUGAAGGGAAUCCCAAGCACACUCGCCGUGGAUGCUGCAUCGUGUGCUCUUCGUAGUGGUGAAGUGGGUCGCGCUGUUGAGUUGUUGGAGCAAGGCAGGACUAUCAUCUGGACCCAGAUGACUCGACUCCGCGCGCCUCUUGACGGGCUCCAGACUUGCGGCGAUCAUGCAGUGGCUCUGAUGAAGAAAUUCACAGAGCUCAGUUCCCUCCUUAAUAAACCUCCAAGUCAUCCAGAAGGGACUCAAAGAGUCGAUGUGGAAGCAGAAGCCACCCGGUACAGGCGUCUAGUGGAGGACUGGAAUGGAACUGUGGAAGAGAUCAGGAAGAUGGAAGGCUUCUCUCGCUUCCUGCUUCCCCCUUUGUUCUCCAAUCUUCAAGAUGCAGCUCGUGAUGGACUCGUCGUCAUGCUCAUCGCAAGCACAUCGUCUUGCGAUGCUAUCAUUAUCCCGCACAAGCAAUCUCCCACCAGCAUUCAACUUCCUACUGAUAUUCAGAAACUUGAGAAGUUGGUACUCACAUUCCGAGAGGCAGUUGACAAAGAGACUGGGCACCAACGAGCGCUAACGGGAGCUUUGAACGACUUGUGGAACAAUGUCGUCGCCCCAGUGGUCGAAAAUUUGGGCGGAUUGGGACGACCAGGUUGCCGAAUAUGGUGGUGCCCGACGUCUCUCUUCAAUUUCUUGCCGUUGCAUGCUGCUGGCGAGUACAGAGAGGGGGGGAAGUUUCUUUCGCAGCAGUAUAUCUCUUCAUACACCCCAUCUCUCACCGCGCUGAUCAAGGCUCGCGCAAGUCGUGACAGACCCACUCGGUGCCCUUCGUCGCCAUCGGUCAGAAUUGCCCAGCCGGUUACUCUUUCACUUUGGAAGCUGUGGAGCCUGAGCUGGAAUUGCCUUUCUUAUGCGCGACCAGCCUUUUUGCUCCUUGAUAUUGCACAGAUGGAUCUUUCUCGGCAUCAUUUUGCCUUUCUUUCUGCCUGUGAAACCGCGGUCGGUGACUUCAGUACGCCCGACGAAGUGAUACACCUAGCGGCUGGCCUGCAAUUUGCUGGGGUUAGGAGUGUCGUCGGGACGUUGUGGAAGGUCAACGAUGAUACUGUGCAGCGCUUAGUCAAGGCAUUCUACGAAAGGUUUUGCCAGGGUGGCACAAUGAAUCCCAAACGAGCUGCCCAAGCGCUGCACCAUGCGGUCCAGUUGUUGGCUAAAGACAGAGACAUACCCUUGGCCCAGCGCAUAGUGUUCGUGCAUAUUGGCAUAUGA